ACCUGCCACAUUUGUGUAUUUGUAUUUCACAAUUGUUAUACAUUAUAAGGGCUGAAAAUUAAUUGAAUAUAUAUGAGAAUCAGUGUGUGUUUGUGUGAAAGUAACAUUUUAUUUGAAUACUAAUUCAGUUUUGGUCUUAGUUUUUUUCAGAUAUACAGUGCUGCGCAAAUGUAUUGGCCCCCCCUCUCAAAUUUGUAUAUUUUCUUGAAUGUUUAUGAUCAUCAAACAAGUGUAGAUAUCAGACACAUAACCCAAGUGAACUUAAAAUGCUAUUUUGAAUGAUUUCAUUUAUUAAGGGGGAAAAACUUCAGUUACCUGGUCCUGUGUGGGAAAAGUAAUUACCCACCUGGUUAAAUCGUUAAUUUAUUUUGGCUAAUUAAAAUUUUUGAUUGAAAAAUAUGGUAGAAAUUGUGUUCCGUAUAUGCGGCCCACAUAUACGUAACAGUUCGUGCAGAAUGUGUACAAAUACCGAAUAUGGUUUGCCGCUCUCAAUAAAUGGCACACCAGGUACUUUGUACACUUUUUUUUGACAAAAUAAAAAUGAUUUCACCCAAAUAAAAGACCGUGCAUAUAUACGUAUGACGUUUAUUUAUUAAAAAAAAAAAAAGUAGUUUCGGUGUAUCGCGUGACAGGAGCCAUGUUUGGAGUUCCACACUUGGGGGCCGUGACAAGAUGGCGUUAAUGUUCCAAAUGGUGUAACAUAGAUUUCUAUUCUUUAAAAUGGCUCAUUUUUGUUGAGUAUCCCAACUACAAGACGGUUGAACAAGAAGACACCCAGUUCGUGGAUAUUUGCGGAAAUAAUAGGACCGUACCAGACUUUGGAUGGAGUCAGUAUCCUGUUGGUAUUUUUGUGUAGUCACAAUAAGUGACUGCACAUUGGCUCAUCAGUCGGACCACCAAAAGCAGAACAAUGGUCAAGUACUUUACUAGCAAAAGUGACAUCAACAGCACCUGGGACCAUGUGGUGUCAGCGUUUUGGCAGCGCUAUCCUAACCCGUUCAGCACUCACGUUCUCACGGAGGACGUAGUGCACCGCGAGGUGACCACGGACCACAGGCUCCUGUCCAGACGCCUGCUCAUGAAGACCAACCGGCUGCCCCGCUGGGCCGAGCGCUUCUUCCCAGCCGGCAUGUCGCGCUCCGUCUACAUUGUCGAGGACUCCAUCGUGGACCCGGUCGGCCGCAGUCUGACAACCUACACCUGGAAUCUCAACCACACCACUCUCAUGUCAGUGGAGGAGCGAUGUGUUUUCCGAGACUCAGCCGAGCAGCCCGGCGUCACGCAGCUGAAGCGAGAGGCGUGGAUCUCCUCCGGUAUUUACGGCUUCUCCAGACCCAUCCAGGAGUUUGGAUUGGCCCGCUUCAAAAGCAACCAAGUGAAAGCCAUGAAAGGGUUGGAAUACGCACUGUCGAACCUACAAGGAGAGACGCCCCAGCGGCUGCUCCGGGGUUCGGUGAAGGAGGGCUCCGACAAGGCCAAAGCAGCCACCAAGAGCCUGGCCUCUACCACACCGAACACUCAGCAGUACGUCUGACGGACCACGGGACUUCGCUUCGUCAUCGUGCAAGGGCGGGCAUCCACUUUGAAGAGUCUCAGGGGGCCUGGCACACUUUGACCAGAAGCACAUUUCACUGCUGCAACCUUCAUUUCAAAACAUAUCAUAAGCUACUAUUUUUUUUUAAAGGUUGUCAUAUUAUUCGUUUCCACUUUGUGAUGUAGUUUUGCCCUCUUGAAUGUCUUAAAAACACAUCUCGAAAGCUUGCAACGACUGCAACUAACCCUGCACGCGAUGUCGUUUACUAAUUGUUUACAUAUGCCUGAAUAGUCAAUCAUUCAAAGACACCCCCUUCAUGUUUAAUGUCAACUGGAAUAAAACCAGGACUUAGUGUGUGCAUGUAAAGGUAGAAACGCCCUUGCUGAGAGUGGAUGUGCACACCUAGAAUGCUAUUUAUAGAAGGAACAGUGAAAAAUGAUAUACAGUCACAAUUGUGUCAUGCUACUUGAUCGAGGUAUCUGGAGUCAGUACCUGAAACUACGGAACAUAUUUGCACACAAAGAGACACAUCGAUGUCUCUUUGUGCUCGAAAGGUCUUCAACUUUGUUAUAGAGUAUUUCUUUGACAGAAAAAAUUAACUAUUUUUCCUUGUGAACCAAGAAAUUGAAUAAAAUGUAAAUACAU